AUGAAGGAUAUGCUAGGGAUGAAGCGCCGUAAGAUUGCUCGCUCUGCAUUGACCCCGAGUGACAAUGCAGAGAUUUUCAUGAAGAUGUUACGUGAGGCGGAUGAAAUCUACUCACGCGUGGACACCCACUUUGCUGAGAAGGGAGUCACAGCUCUCCCCUGUCCAGGGUUGAAGCGCAGGACCAACCGCAGUGCGAUGAACGACGUCGUUUUGGAGAUGACAACAAGAAAUCUACUGCCUUUUAGUCUUCAGAAAACAGCGAAGACAGCUCGUGUGGUCCUUAACAACCUGGGAACAAGUGGACUGAAACGAAUCAAGGAUGUCGGUAUCCAGAUCACCUUCCACGCCCAGGAAUCGGAAGAAUCUCGUGAUACACUAGUCAUGAGUUAUUUCUCUGCGACGCCUGGCCACCCUCUUAUUAGUGGAGCUCAAGUGCGGAAGGUGAUGCGUAUGUCUGUCGAAGAAGACUGUGCAGUGUUUAUUUGGAAGAUGAUGGCAGAGCCCAAGCUCCGAGUGGAGAUGACUCAACGCAGCUCUUGA